CCCGAACUUCACAGGGGAAAAUUUUCGGGUUGGGCUGCCUCCUCGACAUCAGAUGCCAAGCGGUGAGCCUUGAAUUUUCUUCGCCAAACAUCUCACACUCACACAACAUUCCUUCUCGACCCGAAUUACGAUAUUUGAACACCAUGGACGCCAGCUCGGAGCCACAACAACGUGAUGCCCUCGCGGAAGGGCGUCGCAUUUACAUGGGCAACCUGCUCUAUUCGGUGCAGCCCGGCGAUGUCGAGGAUCUACUUCGCCAGUCUGGAUUUGCCGAGUCAUUUGAGAAGUUGCACAUCUCAAUCGAUCCCGUCAGCGGCAGGAACCCGGGCUAUUGCUUCGCCGAGUUUACCACCCGUGAAGAAGCGGACCGGGCUCUGGAGGCCCUCCCUGGCAGUUCGCUCUUCAACCGCCAGAUCAAGGUCGGGCCGUGCAAUCCCAAGACCCCUUCUCAGUCGCGCGGUGGCUGGGGCAGCAGCCGGGGUGGCGACCGCAGCGACGGCCACAACCCAACUUUCCAACGAUGGGGUGACUGGAAGGGCGAGGACUCUAGGCCCGCGCGGCGCGAUGGGGAGCAAGGCCCGUACGCCGCCGCUCGCCACUUGGAGGGCAGGAGUCAGCGCCCCGUGGACAAGGCUCAGCUUUACAUCGGCGGCCUCGGCAUGAUGAUCAACCAAGAGCAGCACGAUGCUGAAAUGCAGGAUAUUCUCACAGGCUUUGAGUUCGUCGCUAUCGGCAAGCGGAUCACACCGCGGGCCGAGACCCGGGCGACUCCGGGCAACCACCAUUACUGCUUCGUCGACUUCAGCUCUGCCGAGGAGGCCGAGAGGGCGCUGCAAGAGUUGAACGGGAAGCCGGUAGAGGGCGGGAACCUGCGGGUUUCCGUUCCGAGGAGCAAGGGCCCUGCUUUUGAAGCCAACGGGACCAACUACGGCUGGUCCCGGCAGUCUGCCUCGCCUGCAUCGGGGAGGCGGCCGGAGAAUGGGCAGGAGGGGCAGGAGAGGCCGGAACGGAGAGAGCCGACCGAGAAGCAGAGGACCAUCAUGACCUCCAAUAACUGGCGGUCAAAGUAGAGUAACUGAGGU